AUGUUGGUGCAGUACCAGAACCUCCCCGUGCAGAGCCUGCCGAUUCUGCUCCUCUGUUCUGGCUUCCUGGCCCUUCUGUUCCGGUCCUUUGUUCGGCGGGCGAGCGACCUGCGCAAGCAGCGGUCCUGGGGCUGCAAGUCCGUCCCCUCGCGGUUCCAGUGGGAGCCGUUUUGGGGCGUGGAUCUGGUGUGGACGCAGUGGCAGGCGCUGCGGGGCCACUACUUCAUCCCCUGGCUCAGCGAGCUGCACAAGGGACAACCCAAGACCUUCCAGAUCACCUUCAUGGGCACGCGGGUCAUCUACACGAUCGAGCCCGAGAACCUCAAGUCCCUGACGGCCAUCAACUGGAAAGACUUCGCCAUCAGCCCCCUCCGUCGCUACAAGAAUGCCGGCGCCGCGUUCGCCAACCGCGGCGUCAACGUCGUCGACGGCGAGGACUGGGUCUUCAGCCGUGCGCUGAUCAAGCCUUUCUUCAUGCGCGAGGUCUACGCCGACACCGAGCGGCUGCGCUCCUACACGGACCAUCUCCUGCGUAUUCUGCCCCCGGACGGAGAGACGGUCAACAUCCAGCCCUACCUCCAGCGAUGGUUCCUCGACGUGACCACCAACUUCAUCUUCGGCGCGCCCAUGGACGCAUUGACACACCCGGAGCGAGCACGAGUGACCUGGGCAAUGCUGGACGUGCUGCGGGGCAACCGACUACGACUACAGAUGUACAAGGUGAUGAACCUGAUCGACUGGUCAUGGUGGCUGCGGGCGAUCAAGAUCGUGCACGCGUACAUGGACGAGCACCUGGACCGGGUGUACGCGGACAUCGCGGAGCGGGAGCGGCGGAUCGCGGCGGGCGAGGACGUGGGCCCCGAGCGGCUGGAUCUGCUCUGGUACAUGGCGAAGCACUGCCCGGAGCGGGCGGAACUCCGAUCGCAGCUGUCGCUGCUCUUCGUGCCCAACAAUGACACGACCUCGAUCUUCACGGGCAACGUGGUGUGGCACCUGGCGCGAAACCCGGAGGCGUGGGCGAAAGUGCGCGCGGAGGUGCUGGCCCACGGCGACGCGCCGCUCACCUUCGAGGCGCUGCGGAGCAUGAAGUACCUCAACGCGUGCAUCAACGAGACGCACCGGCUCAACCCCAACAACGUGUCGCAGGUGCGCAUGUGCAUCAACGAUACCACCCUGCCGCUCGGGGGCGGGCCCGACGGCAAGUCGCCGAUCCUGAUUCGGAAGGGCGAUGUCGUCCAGGUCACGAAGACGGUCAUGCAGAAGGAUCCCCUGUACUUUGGGGAGGAUGUCGACGCCUUCAAGCCGGAGCGCUUCGUCGAUCAGUCCCAUUUCUGGGAGUUUGUCCCCUUCGGCGGCGGGCCCCGCCGCUGUCCGGCCCAGAUGAUGGUCCAGACGGAGACGGCGUAUAUCCUGGCCCGGUUGGCGCAGGUGUACAGUCGCAUUGAGCCGCGCGAUGAGAAUCCGUUUGUCUCGGUCAUGCGCAUUGGGCCGUCGAAUAAGACGGGGGUGUUGGUUGCGUUGCACAAGUAG